GAAAAAGCAAUGUUUCACAAGUGCCAAUUACCAAACUCACAGCAAACACAUCAGCUAUUAGCUACUUGACACUUGACAUAAAUGGUCCCCUUUGCUCUCUCUCUCUCUCUCUCUCUCUCUCUAUAUGUAAAUCAGUGACUGAAAAUUGAAAAAUAAGAAGAAGAAGAAGGAGGAGGAUAGGGAGGACAAUAAAAUAUAGUGUAAAAUGGAGAGCAGUGAAGAAGACGAUGACUUCCCAUCAAUUGAAAGAAUCAUCCCACAGUCGAAGGUCGACUCCCUCUACCAAUCCCACACUGAAAAGGGAAUAAGAAAGCUUUGUUGCGAGCUCUUGGAUUUAAAGGAUGCAGUAGAGAACUUAUGUGGCAAUAUGCAAACAAAGUUCUUAGCUUUCUUGAGGAUAUCUGAAGAGGCCGUGGAAAUGGAACAUGAAUUGAUUGAGCUGCAAAAGCAUAUUUCAUCUCAAGGGAUCCUUGUGCAGGAUUUGAUGACUGGUUUAUGCCGUGAAUUGGAAGAGUGGAAACAAUCUAAUGGAGACAACCUUGAACCACAACAAGACCCUGAAAUUUCUGAACUUCAAGAUCCCUUACCUAGUGAAAGAGAUGAUAAGAAGAUGAUAUUUAUGGAGCAUAUUGAUGUUCUUUUGGCUGAACAUAAAGUUGAAGAAGCAUUAGAGGCAUUAGAUGCUGAAGAGAGAAAUUCUCCUGAUCUGAAAGGCUCAGGAGAUACAUCGCUAGGUGAAGUGUCACAGUACAAAUCUGCUUUUUUGAAAAGAAAAGCAAUGCUUGAGGAUCAGCUAGUUCAGAUUAUUGAACAACCUUCUGUUAGUGUUAAGGAGACGAAGGCGGCCUUAUCUGCUUUGAUAAAACUUGGAAAAGGUCCUUUGGCACAUCAGUUACUACUAAAAUCUAAUAAGUUGCGCCUCCAAAGGAGCAUUGAGGUUCUUCUUCCUUCAUGUUAUGUCUGUCCAAAAACUUUUUCAGCUACAUUAUCUAAGCUAGUAUUUUCUAUAAUUUCACUGACAACAAAGGAGUCUGCAUCAAUAUUUGGCGACAAUCCCAUUUAUACCAACAGAAUUGUUCAAUGGGCUGAGUGGGAAAUCGAAUAUUUUGUACGGUUGGUGAAAGAGAAUGCACCCUCUUCUGAGACAGUUUCUGCUUUACGAGCUGCUAGCAUUUGUGUGCAGGCUAGUCUUAACUACUGCUCAAUGUUGGAAUCACAAGGCUUGAAACUGUCAAAAUUACUUUUGGUGCUUUUGCGACCUUACAUUGAAGAAGUUCUAGAGUUAAAUUUUAGACGGGCUAGAAGACUACUUUUUGAUUUGGUGGAACUUGAUGAGAGCUUGCUGGUCUCACCUCACUUUGUAUCUUCAUUGUCUGCUUUUGGAAACUCAUCAGAAAGCAUUCCUGCUGAUAGUGGCAUGAGAUUUAUGUGCAUUGUCGAAGAUAUAUUGGAACAGCUAACCCCCUUGGCCAUUACACAUUUUGGAGGAAACAUUUUAAGUAGGGUCUCACAUCUCUUUGAUACAUACAUGGAUGCUUUGAGCAAAUCCCUGCCAAGUCCCUCUGAUGAUGACAAUCUUACAGAGCUGAAAGAAGUCAUACCCUUUAGAGGUGAAACAGAUGCAGAACAGCUUGCAAUAUUGGGAAUAGCAUUUACCAUUUUAGACGAACUAUUACCAAAUGCUGUAAUGAUUAUUUGGAAGCGACAGAAUGAAAGCAAUGGACAAAAAAGUGGGCCCACUGAAGAUGUGCCUAGCCCAAACACUACAACAGAUUUAAAGGAUUGGAGGCGCCAUCUUCAGCCCUCAUUUGACAAGCUUAAAGAUCACUUCUGUCGGCAGUAUGUUUUGAGUUUCAUCUAUUCAAGAGAAGGAAAAACACAAUUAAAUGCAAGGAUUUACUUGAGUGAGGAUGGAAAGGAUCUGUAUUGGGACCCUGACUCUCUGCCUUCGCUUCCAUUUCAGGCAUUAUUUUCUAAGCUGCAGCAGUUGGCUACUGUGGCUGGAGAUGUGUUACUUGGGAAAGACAAACUACAGAAAAUUUUGCUAGCUAGGCUAACAGAGACAGUUGUAAUGUGGUUGUCUGAUGAACAAGAAUUUUGGGGGGUGUUUGAGGAUGAUUCAAUCCCUAUUCAUCCAGUUGGGUUGCAGCAGUUAAUUCUUGAUAUGCACUUCACUGUUGAAAUUGCACGUUUUGCUGGCUACCCAUCUCGGCAUGUGCACCAGAUUGCAUCAGCCAUUAUUGCUCGUGCAAUCAGGACCUUUUCUGCUAGAGGCAUAGAUCCACAAAGAGCACUCCCUGAGGAUGAAUGGUUUGUUGAAACUGCGAAGUCGGCAAUAAAAAUACUACUAUCACCUGAAUCUGGGUCAGAAACAUCUGAAGUUGAUGAAGACCACAUUAUUCCGCCUGACGAAAUUGUCACAGAUUCGGAUUACUCUGCUUCUUCCCUCUCAACGAUGGAAUCUUUUGAGUCUUUUGCUUCUGCAAGUAUGGGUGAACUUGAUAGCCCUAUGUUCACUGAUCCUGAGAACUGAGAGUUUCUCUUGUCCUUCGGGCAAAAAGAAUGCGUGGAGUCAAGUAUUGAGCUGUGACCUUCACUCCAAACAGUGAUCUUUAAGAAGGCUUCAGAUUCAUACAUGUCAGAGGAUGGAUCUUUCUAGAUCAAGAUUUUGACACCCUGGAUUUGGGUUACAAUAUAAUCCCAAUGUGUUGUAGGAAAUAUGUUCAUUAAUAUUGCACUUGGUCAUAUUUACAUCUAUCAUAUAUUAAUCAUUGAUAAUCUCAAAAUGUUAUAUGAAAGUAGGAUUAUGCA